AAAUCAUAGGACAACCCGUAAUCCGCGCAAGAUAAAUGGACAACAGGUCGUCCAUAGUAGCAACUCCGGCGACCUUGAAAUUGAUUAAACUGCAACCCAACUUGUCCGUCCCCUUUUCCGUUUAAAAAAAUGUCAACUUUAAUUGUUCCGCCACUGCUUUCAUCCCCUAGAGAUGAUGCAAUGCAUCUCUACCGUGCUUUUAAGGGAUUUGGAACUGACACAUCUGCCGUGAUCAAUAUCCUGGCUCAUCGAGAUGCAGCUCAGCGUGCUCUCAUCCAACAUGAGUACAGAGCUUUGUACGCUGAGGAUCUUCUUAAACGCUUGACUUCGGAGCUUACUGGCAAAUUGGAGACAGCAGUUCUGUUGUGGAUGCAUGAUCUACCUGGUCGUGAUGCAAUUAUUGUCAGGCAAGCACUUAUAGCAGAUAUAUUAAAUCUGGAAACUGCAACUGAAGUAAUUUGUUCUCGCACGUCAUCCCAGAUACAAGUAUUUAAACAGCAUUACUAUGCAAAAUUUGGGGUUCAUCUUGAGCAUGAUAUUGAAUUACGGGCAUCUGGAGACCAUAAAAAGCUCCUGCUAGCAUAUGUAAGCACGCCUCGUUAUGAAGGCCGCGAAGUUGACAGAAAUAUGGCUGAGAAGGAUGCAAAGGCUCUUUAUAAAGCAGGUGAGAAGAGAUUGGGAACUGACGAGAAGACUUUCAUCCGCGUAUUCAGUGAACGAAGUGCUGCACAUUUGGCUGCUGUUGAUUCAGCCUAUCACAGCAUGUAUGGAAACUCUCUGAAAAAGGCUAUAAAGAAGGAAACUUCAGGACAUUUUGAGCAUGCUUUGAAGACAAUUUUACAAUGCUCAGAGAAUCCGGCAAAGUACUUUGUCAAGGUAUCCUUCUUCAUUUUUAAGCUCUUUGAUUUGGUUUUCUCUGCUUCAUCUGGUUCCCGUGGAAACUUUUUUUUUUUUUUUUCCCAUGAGGUGAAGUAUGGGAUGCAGGCAAUCCAUGUUCUGAAGGCACAUUAAAUAUUAUGGUUUCAUUAAAUUGUUUAUUUGAUGUGGUAAACUAUAACGAUGUGUAGAUGACAGGAAUGUAGCUUGUUUCAUGCAUGUGGUACCCACUCUUUUGGUGUUUUCAGUGAAUAACAUUUCAGCAGUCCAGCCGUAAGUGUUUGAAAAAACCCAUCGCAACAUAGAGAUCAUGUAGAAAGGAAGAAAAUUGUGAAUAUUGAAGUUGAAACAGAUCGAAAUUGAUUUUGUCCAACAAGUCAGAAUCUUCUGAUAUCGAUUAACAGUGGACUUAUAAACAAGCUCAUGAGUUGGCCAUCUAUGGCCUGAUCAUCUCACAUAAUGCAUCACAUAACUAUUUUUGGUAUCCCACAGCUGUUGUCAUCUUAACUAAUUAUCAUUUUUACACCAGGCUUUUGAGCACUCAAAACCUUAGAAAGGACAUGCACUUGAAUUUUCCUUUUUCCUUUCUUUCUUUUCCCCUAAUAUAUUUCAGUAGUUGGAGGAUGCUACGGGGGUGACCCUCCCUGCAUCUGGGUGAAAUCAGGAUUGAACCCCAUCUCAUGUGAUAUUGUUCAGUUCAUUUAUUUACCUGAUAUUGUUAUUUAUGUUGAAGUCAAUGAUAAAUCCUAUCA